AUGCUGUCGCCAGAAACAGAGGGAUAUUGGAAUAUUAUUAUAACGUCACUACAAGAUAUUUGCAGUGCAAAUGAAUCUCUAUCAUUUGAUAGUUUAUACAGUAAGUAUGCUAAAGAUUCAAUGAAUGGUUUAUCAGAAGAAGAAUUGAAUGAAUUGAAAGAAGAAAUAACGGGUCAUAAAUCAAAUGUGGCUACAGCAAAAAGGUUGGUUUCCGUUUCACAGGAAAAUUUACAAACUCUAAUCACCAAUUUACAGGCUUCUACCAAGCAAGCAAAUGAAACUUCACCACAAAAAUCAAAUAGCCAACAGCAAAUAGCAUCCAAAGCUAGCGGCAAAGCACAUAACAAGAAAACAAAUCCCAAGAAAGUCGGCAGACUGUAUUAUACGUCGAAGUUUAACCCCCUGGAACCUAUUUAUGUUGGAUCUGAGGUAGCCUAUAAAUUAAAAAACAGACACUUCGAAGAAUGGAUCCAGUGUGAAGUAAUGAAGGUGAUAGGCGAUGGAAUAAAGUUUGAAAUUAGAGAUCCAGAACCGGAUGAAAAUAAUAACCCUGGGCAGACUUUCAAAGCAAGUCACAAAGAAAUUUUAUUAAUACCUACACUUGAAGAUGUACCUGACCUCACGAACUACCCUUACGGAUCUAAAGUAAUAGCGAGAUACCCGGAGACUACCACAUUCUACCCAGCAAUUGUUGUUGGUCAUAAAAAGGAUGGCAGUGUGAGAUUAAAAUUUGAUGGAGAAGAAGAAGUAAAUAAAGAGACAGAAAUAGAAAGGAGAUUAGUACUACCAUUUCCCGAGAAAUGA